AUGCAGUCUGAAACACCACCAGCGUCGACGCAGAAGACCAACUUCACGCUGAGCGCAGCCUCUGCCAAUGUGCAAACUUUCUAUCGAGGACAAGAAGGUUACGCCAACAAGCUGACGUAUGUCCGAGAGCAAUUUGUUGCGCAUGGCAUCAAUAUUCUCGGAUUGCAAGAAUGCCGCACAGACACUGGUGCGUCUCAAUACCAAGAUGUUCUUCGGCUAGCUGGAGGGUGUGACAAAGGAUGCCUUGGCAUUGAGAUUUGGAUCAAUCUUGCCCAGCCUUUUCUCUACCAAGGAGGCCAACCUCAACGAUUUGCCAGAGGUGACUUUGUUGUGGUUGCGAGAGAUCCCAGACACCUCCUGGUCCAUCCGAAGAACUCUUCCAUUGAUCUUUGGCUUCUUGCUGCCCAUGCUCCACACAGUGGUGCUGACUCUGCAGCCCGUGAAGAAUGGUGGCACAAUCUUUCCACCCUGAUCAGUACACACGCACCAGCGGACAACAUCAUCAUUAUGAUUGAUGCAAAUGCGGCCACAGGACCACAAGACGGAAGGCAUGUCUUCCAAAAUGAUGACAAGGCAACGGCUAAUACAGGACAUUUUCGUGCCCUUCUCCAUGACCAUUCAUUGUGUGUGCCUGCGACCUUGGACACCCAUGAAGGACCACACGGCACGUGGAUCAGCCCAGUUGAUGAGUCUCUGCAUCGCAUUGACUAUGUCCUGAUUCCAUGCCACUGGCAAUCUCGAUGUACACUAUCGAUGGGCCUCUCCAACUUGGACUUUGGACAUCUUGGUGAUCAUCAAGCUACGGCUCUACAACUUGAGUGGCAAGAAGAUUCAGCAUCAAUUCCACGACGCGCUCGAGGACGAGGUCAUGAUCGCACACGAAUUAGACACAGUGCCUUGACCCAUCAACUUCAACAAUAUCAACCACUACCCUGGCACACUGACAUUGAAAGGCAGGUUGAACAUCUCAAUGAGCACUUGCUUGACGUCCUGCACAACAACUGUCCGGUGGCCAAGAGAGGUCCCAAGAAGAGCCACAUCACCGAUGACAUCUGGCAAAUGCGCGCAGACAAACUGCACCAGCAGAGGAAGGUUCGUCAACUACGAUAUCAGCUGGCACAGGAACAGCUGCAUCGCUGCUUUGCGGCGUGGCAAGGACAACUUGGGGAACAAGAACAACAAGCAUCCCAGCAGUUUACAGCGACUGUGAGACGCCAGUGUGUCCAUCGAAGCAUUCGGCUUUGGCAGAUUACACGGUCACUGCGCAAAGCGUUGUCACAGACCAAACGGCAUGCGGUUCAGAAGGCGAUUGGCGAGUUGCCCACAGACAGUGCCGCAUCCCAGAUCCUAUAUGCCUUGAAGCCAGUGAUUGGCCCGACCAAUCCCAAGCUGCGCAAAGCCACGCCUUUGCCUCAGGUUUUGCAAGCAGACGGAUCACCUUGUGACAGCCCUGAAUCCCUACGAGACAGGCCUGGCGACCCUUUUGCCGAUGUAGUCUUUGGUUACAUGUUCUCUCGAAUCCUCACCAAUGUCGAGAGACGUCUGGGGGAGAUUGGCAUUUUGGAGACCUUUGAGGAUGUGGAGGCCACAGGCAUUUUUGUUGACGCUGCCAACGCACCCAUGGUGGAACAUACCCUGCUCGGGCCAACGUGGAUGGACGAUCUCUGCCUGACUUUGUCUCAUCAGACAGCGACAGGAGUGGAAAGACAAGCAGGAGUGGCGGCCAGCAUUUUGCUGGAGACAUGCACAGCACAUGGGGUUACCCCCAAUCUUGACCGUGGAAAAAGUGAAAUCCUGUUCACGUUCAGAGGAACGGGCUCCAGGAAGCUGCGCAUCAAAUACUUCAGUGCCGCCAACGGCCAACAAAUGCCCAUCACCACAGAAUAUGGCACGCAGAACAUCUCGGUCGUUGGCCUUGGCCAUUACACCCACUUGGGUAGCAUAGCUCACCACACAGGACUUUCACACAGAGAAGUCCGUCGACGUAUUGCGAUUGGCAAUGCUGCGUUUGCGACUCACCGCAAACUUCUCUUCCAGAAUGCGGCUUUUUCGCUCCAACGCAGAGCAGAAUUGUUCCAGUCAUUGGUGGUUAGCAAGAUUGCCUACACCAUGGAAUCAUGGACAUUUGGCGACAACAGGACCUUCGAGUACUUCCGUACCGCCAUCCUGCGCCUAUACCGCAGACUGCUCAAGCUGCCGCCAGAUGCGGCGAUACAAGAUGCGGACGUUAUGACCCAGGCAUCUCUGCCAGCACCAGAGGACAUGCUCCGUAUUGUGAGGCUUCGAUAUCUUGGUCUCCUUUACAAGUGUGAAACUGUCACACCGUGGGCCAUCUUCCGUGCCGAUCACCACUGGUUGGCCCUUCUUCGUGAUGAUCUGCAAUGGUUAUGGGCUCUCAUAGCAGACACGAGCAGGCUACGUGAUCCUGCCCAACAUUUCGAAGACUGGGAGUACGUGCUCCGCUACCACCGCAGUUAUUGGAAAACACUAUUGCAACGAGGAGCCCGGCUCAGCUGCAUGAAAAGAGAAGAUGAUAUGAUGAUUCGUCGACUACAUCAAGAUGUCCUUUGCCAUCUAUCUGAUCGAGGUCGACUCCAUACAGCUCCGGUUCGAGAGCUUUUUGAUGAACAUCAGCAGCAGCACCACUUUGGAUGCAUGUACUGCGCCAAACGCUGCCGCACAAAGGCAGGAGAAGGAGCACAUCUCUUCCGUGCACAUGGAAUCGUCGCCCAUGAACGACAAUGGAUUGCUGGCACCACCUGCGAAGCCUGCCUACUUGAAUUUCACAGUCAUGACAAGCUGCAGGCUCAUCUGCGCACUGCGCAUCAUUGCCGCGGCAUACUCAGCUCGAGGCCGAUCUAUCAGACAGUUGCCCCAGGCAAAGGUUCGAAGAUCAACAACGAGCUUCGGGAGCAUCAUGACGGUUUAUUGCCAGUGCAGAAGGUCCAUGGCCCACAUCGACGAGAUGUACCACCGGGACAAGUUGAACUCCAUCAUCAACCGCUCUUUGGGGCUCUAGCUCUACAGAUCUAUGAGACGGAUGAGAAGGACCUUGCACGCUUGUUUGCGGCCAUGCAGAACACCAUCAGCGAGCACUACAUUGGAUGGACUCAGACACGCAUUACCCUGCAAGCGGUGGCCCAAGGGUUCACAGAAGAAGCUGUUAUGGAUACGCACCUCACACGUGAGCAGAUUCAGCAACUUCUUUCUGACCUGGGAGACGCAGCCAAUUGGCCUUUCCUCCACACCGUUGAGACGGAUUCUGCAGAAGCAUCCCAUCUUUACUCCCUUGAGCUCUACGAGCUGUGGUGCAAUGACUUGGCCAAUAUGGAGUGCGCCUGGAGCCCUUUUGCACCAACCUGCCCUCGACCGAGGGUCAUCAGGACCCGGCAGUUUCUCUGGGGAUUGCCGUCCCUCUCUUUGAGAGAGAUGCAACAACUCCACGAUGGCCAUGUGUUACUGGGCUUUAGCCUACAAGGAAUGGUGAGACUCUCCACCACUGGAGGACUUGGAGUUUUGGAGCACCCAGGUGAACCAGAACAAGCUGAUGCGGCAAGCAUUUGGCGCCUUCCGCUCAUGCAGUUUGUCUUGAAUCUCCCGGGUUUCCAACUUCGAGAAUGUGCGCAGGGUCUACUUGGUGCAACUAGCACAAAGAGGACGGGCUUGCUGACCUUGAACCUUCCGGAUCUACCACUGCAUAUCAGGGCCAAUGCGAUCCGACCUGGUCUUCCUCGAGCAGCAACGAUCGGAGUCGACGCUGAGGGAAGGUUCCGAACGGCGAUACUCAAAGAGUAUCCCCCGGCUUUUUGCCGUGGGUUGGCAGAAAGUUUCCUCUCACACUUCCCACCAGUGGAUCAUCUGGUGGACCUGGAUCGUUUGCCUGCGACGUUUCUUGAACGCUGCCGAAGCAUGGUCAGUACAGAAAUGGGACAUGCAAUCGGCGCAGAUUUUGCCAGGUGA